AUGGCGGACGAAGCAAUAUCAGUGGUAGAGUGCCCUGUUUAUGACUCACUCAAAAACGGCCGAGUGAAAGCAAGCGGAAACAAGUACGGAAACGUUGUAGAACUGCAGUGCGAUGAAGGCUACUAUCUAGCCGGAAAGUCGUCGUUGAAAUGCGGGGCAAAUGGAAACUGGGACGACGAUUUCCAGACGUUUUGCGCCGAGAACCAGUGCGUGGAACCCUCGGGAAUCAGCAACGGGUUUGUGUCGGCUUCCUCCUGGAAGGUUGGCGCCACUGCCACGUAUACGUGUAGCGAGGGAUUUAGGCUCCAUGGCUCUAAUCAACGUGUGUGUAGUAGGAACGGCAAGUGGAACGGAUCGGAUCCGUAUUGUCGUAUGGUAAUCUGUGAGGUACCCCCGCCCGUGGAGCAUGCUAAGACUUUUGAUGCACUGACUCAGUAUUUGUACCAGUUUGAAGUGAGAUACGUAUGCAAAACCGGGUACUUCAUUUCUGACGGUGACGCGUUGUUGCGGUGCUCGGAAUCUGGGCAAUGGAUAGGGAAGGUUCCGAAGUGUUCGCUGGUCAAGUGUAAAGAACCAGUUGCGCCGGCAAAGAGUAAGGUUUUGGUUGCUUCCUUAACAUAUGGAAGUGAGGCACAGUACCUAUGCUUUCCUGGUUAUAGACUGAAGGGUUCGACAACCGUGCGAUGUGACGAAACCGGAAACUGGAAGGGAGUUGUCCCCGAGUGUGUACCGAUCGCCAGCGGUAACCCACCUGUGGUUGCAAACUCCAUAGUCGUAGAUUCUGGAGAUCACACAUAUAACAAUCAAAUAUUGUACAACUGGCAUGUGGGUUUUAUCAGCUAG